AGCCUGGCCUGGCCUCGCCAGCCUUGAGCCGACUGGAAGUUAGAAGAGAGGUUCCUCAUGCCACGCGAAGACCCCAGGGAAGAGGAGCCUGGCCAGGCCAGAGCAGAGGAGGCUGAGACGUGUUUUUAGAGAAGGAGACGGGUCUGUAGUUUGAAAGGGCAGGAUGUACACGCUGCUGUCGGGGCUGUACAAGUAUAUGUUCCAGAAGGAUGAGUACUGCAUCCUGAUCCUGGGCCUGGACAAUGCUGGGAAGACGACCUUCCUGGAGCAGUCAAAAACCCGGUUUAACAAGAACUACAAGGGGAUGAAUCUGUCUAAAAUUACCACCACCGUGGGUCUAAACAUUGGCACUGUGGACAUAGGAAAGGCUCGCCUCAUGUUCUGGGACUUAGGGGGACAGGAAGAGCUGCAGUCUUUGUGGGAUAAGUACUAUGCAGAGUGCCAUGGUGUCAUCUAUGUCAUUGACUCCACCGAUGAAGACAGACUGUCAGAGUCCAAGCAGGCAUUUGAGAAGGUGGUUUCGAGUGAGGCUCUUGAUGGUGUCCCCAUUCUGGUGCUGGCCAACAAGCAGGAUGUGGAGAUGUGCCUCUCAAUCCCUGACAUCAAGACUGCAUUUAGCGACUGCAGCUGUAAGAUCGGCAGGCGAGACUGUCUGACCCAGGCCUGCUCUGCCCUCACAGGCAAAGGAGUACGCGAGGGCAUUGAAUGGAUGGUCAAGUGUGUCGUGCGGAACGUCCACCGGCCACCACGGCAGAGGGACAUCACGUAGGCGCUGCCAGCUUUGCCGUCCCAGACGGUUCGUCCCCUAGUGCUGGAGGAGCUCCCGGCUGGCUCCUGUGCCACUGAUCCUGGGGGUUGGGUUUGCUUGCCUUUUGAUUCUUUCAUUUGCUUUAUGUUUUCUCUAAGACAAACUUUUUUGUGUCUGGAAAAGUAUAGACAUCCAGAGGUUUCUGCCAGGGGACCUGGGCAGCUGGGCCUGCCUGGCUCCAUAUUGGCCACCACAAGCCUUGGGUCCUACCUGAUACUCGCAAGGGCCCUGUGACCCUCUCAGCCUAGGCCUCAAGGAAGGUGGGGGAACAAGGCCUUGGCUGGAUACGCCACCCUGGGCCCGCCUGCUGUCCCAGAUGGAGCCUGAGAAGAGCUGUAUUGAAAGUACGGGUUUGUCUGUGGCAGCUACUUUGUCUCAUUUGCCAGAUGAUGUGGCCGUGGCUUAUCCUGGAGCAGGCGUGGCAGCCAGUAUUCCCUUGAGGAAGAUCCAGCCUACAUCGCUAGAGGCCAGCACGGCCCUGGAUUUUGUGGCCACCUCAGGCCAGGGCUGGGAUGACUUGGAAGCCAUACCCCCCACUGGCCCAUUCUCACCACAUUUAAUGUCAAAGGGAAAGGGGUACCAUGGAAAUGCUGGGAGGUCAAGCUGGGUAUCUGUGUCUUUAUGCCUCCCACCCCAUCUAGCAGAUUGGGCAGCCUUUCUGGGGGCAGAGACUUCCCUAGUCCAGCUCAGGUGGUACCCUGGGGUACCUGGUUGAAUUGGGUUCAUACAGAUCCCAGGGCAGCGGUGUGCUGAGCCUGCAUGCCUGGCCCUGGCUGGGUAUGAGGAGAGGGGUCCCAUGUGUCCCCUGAGCCCUGCAGGUGAGGCUGCUCUCUGACCUUCCCGUAGCACCACUUGGGCCACCCUCCCCAGGGUGGACAGGCAAGAAUGCAAAAUAAAGACAGCCUGACUGGG